AUGUCAUCCAAAAAUAAAGCAGAGGUUGAGCAAUCAUCGGAAUCACCGUUUGUGAUUAUGUCCCUUCCCGAAGACGUCAUGGUUAAGAUCAUUGCGCGUGUACCAAGAUGUGAGUAUCUAACACUCUCUUUUGUCUCUAAGCACUUCCGGUCACUUGUUGCUUCGCCUAUGCUAUACGCGAGUCGAUCCUUGUUGGGCCUCGCCGAACAGUGUCUCUAUGUUCUCCUAACUAACGACAUGACCUGUGAUGAACGUUGGUAUACUCUCUGCCGGAAACCCUACGGUAAUCGCGGCUUGGUCCUUAUUCCAUCGCUUCCCGCUAUGCCUUGCCACGGAAGGUUUGUAUCGGUUGGUUCCAAGGUAUAUGUUUUUAGUGGGAGUUAUAACCAUCACAAACCACAGGAUGUCUUAAGCAUCGACUGUAGAUCUCACACGGUGCAAACCCUCCCUAGCAUGCCUAUACACAUGACAGAUACAGUCGCUGGCUUCAUCGAUGGAAAAAUAUAUGUAAUUGGAUAUUCCUAUAUCUACAAGGGGACGGUCAUGGUGGUGUUCAAUACAGAAACGCUUAUGUGGGAGCCCGAGAUGACAAAGCAAUACAUUGACCUAAGUGACACGGAGGAGCCUAGUUAUGUGGUGGUGAUGGGUAAUAAGAUUUACACGCCGGAUAAUGAAGAUGACUUGGUUUUCAAGCCAGUAGAGAGUACAUGGGAAAGCAUAAGAUCCGGUAUGCUGAAUUAUGAGAAUUGGGAGAAUACGUGUGUGGUCGAUGACGUAUUGUACUGUUACGUUUAUCAGAAACACUUACGUAUGUAUGAUCCAAAUAAGAGGUGUUGGGGAGUGGUUAAUGGUUUGGAAGACUUGUGGGCAAAGACGAAAUGGUCAGAGAGGAGGUCAAUGACACUGAGUUACGGUGGAAAACUGGCCUUGUUUUUUACUAAACUGGAAUCAGGAGAAAAAAGACAGAUUUGGUGUGCGGAGAUUUCUCUGGAGAGAAGACAAGGAGGGGAGAUUUGGGGUAAAGUUGAGUGGUGUGGUGAGGUUCUGAGUUCUGGGGAUUUAAGCUUAAGUAAAGCUCUAGCUGUUAUGCUUUGA